AUGCUUCACGCAAAAUCCGGCUAUGACGCGGCAGUCUACAACCAAUUCGAAGAUGCUAAAGUGAAGAAGAUGUUUGAUCCCGAUCCGUCGAUUUUUGAUUCUCUCGAGCUGUCGUCGGCGUUUUUUGAGCUCACGAUGCAUGUUUGUAAUAAUACACUUGCCGACAAGCAACUAAUAGCAAACCUGCAAGCUGCUAAAAUUGAUCUCGCCUUCCACCACCAUAUGGAUUUUUGUCAAAUGUCGCUAAUACACCAUCUUGGGAUUAAAAAAUGGAUCUACUUCUCCAGCCUGCCGCCCUAUCCCUCGUUGCUCAACUCGGUGGGGGAAUUCGUGCCGACAAGUGUUUUGCCGUCCUACGCUUUGCAACAAGGCAACAAAAUGUCGUUCCUGAAGCGGGCCCAGAAUUUCAUAUACGAGAUGCUGAACGCCUAUUUUCGAUUGGCCAAGCAGGCGAGAGCCCAAACCGAGCUGGCCAGGCGCAAUCUAGGCCGUGAUGUGCCCGAUUUGGAGUAUUUUCCGAAGAGUGCCAAUCUGAUGAUGAUCAGCGCUGAUGCUGUUCUCGAAUUCCCAAUUCCCACGACUCAAAAAGUCGUUUAUCUUGGCGGAUUCGGGGCUGAGAAUUCUGUAGAUGCGCUAGACGAGAAUUUCUCCACCUUCGUCACGAGAGCCUCAAAACUCGUUGUCGUUUCGUUUGGCUCAUGGCCCGUUACAGAAAGAAUGCCGCCAGAUUGGAAGGAGGCGCUUUUGAAUUUGUUCAGAGCCGAUCCAGAGACGCACUUUAUCUGGAGCUGUGACGAGGAAAUUGAGGUCCCUGAAAAUGUCCUGCGCGCCAAGUGGAUCCCGCAAGCAGCACUAUUGGCCAAUCCGAAAACCAAAUUGUUCAUAACACAGGCUGGCUAUAACAGUCUAAUGGAAGCGGCUCAGUAUGGAGUACCAACAAUUUCAGUACCACUCUUCAGUUUUGGGGAUCAAGUGAGAAAUUCACAUCUUUUUGAGCAACACGGUGUUUCGAUUCGGAUCGAAAAACGCGAAUUCACUACGGAAAAGCUUCAGGGAGCUUUCAACGAGAUUUUACAGAAUCCUAGUUUCCACAAGCGGGCCGAAGAACUGAAGCGCAUAAUCAAGAAGCGCCCAUCGACAGCUGAGCAAGAGCUGAACUAUUGGGUCGAGGUCGUGCUCAACACCGAAAUGGACCUCAACCUCCCGAAUCUGUCGUCUUUUGAAUUCUAUUCUCUGGACGUUUUGCUGUUCUUUGUAGCCCUGAUCAUCGCCUUUUUCCUCUUCCUCCGAGCAAUCGGGUCUUGGUAUUACUGGUCGUGCUGUGAGAUGGCUUACAAAGAAAAAGUUAAGCUUCAA